CUGAUCUCCUCAACAAUUCACAAGGAAGCUCUCCUAGUCAUACUUAGUAAACAUGGUCAUCGUCACUGUUGGGACUUGUAACUUCUUCAACUAGUCUAUGCCAGGACUGUCUAUACGCAAACUUUGGCAUCAGAUUUUAUCCUUCCCUUCAAACUUGCUACUCCAACACAACAGAAUGAGUUUCGAGUGGGACUUGUAACUUCUUCAACUUGUCUAAGCCAAUAUUGUCUGUCUGAAAGCAAACGCUAUUAUCAGAUAGACAAACUUGCAACCCCAACAGAAUGAUGCACUCUAGUCUGAGUUACGAGUGGGUUUUGUUAAUAUUCUUUCAUGGGAUUCUUCUAAUGUGCAUGAGCUCAUGUUUGAAAUCUGCAACAGUUCCAGCUAUUGCAAAUGAGACUGAUCGCCUGGCAUUACUUGACUUCAAGAAUCGGAUAACUCAAGACCCACUUCAGAUCAUGAGCUCAUGGAAUGACUCCAUACAUUUUUGCAACUGGUUAGGUGUUACAUGUGGCCCCUCCAGUAAACGAGUCAUGGUUUUGAAUUUGACAACUAAGAAAUUGUCUGGCUCCAUACCACCCUCUAUAGGAAAUCUUACUUACCUCACAAGAAUCGACCUACGAAACAAUAGCUUCUACGGUGAAAUUCCUCAAGAAGUGGGACGUCUACUACGCCUGCAGCGUCUCAUUUUGUGGUCGAAUUCCUUUGGUGGUAAAGUUCCAGCUAAUCUAAGUUAUUGUACACAACUUAGAGAGCUUGCUGUUACUUACAACAAUCUUAUUGGGAAAAUUCCAGACCACCUUAGCUCAUUGUCAAAGUUGGAGUUUCUAGGACUUGAUGUGAACAACCUGAUAGGACAUAUCCCAGCUUGGAUUGGAAACUUUUCCUCUUUGUAUGUUCUUAGUCUUUGCAGGAACAAUUUUCAAGGAAGCAUACCUAAUGAACUUGGCCGUCUAACAGGCUUGGAAUUUUUUCAGCUUUCUGUGAAUUAUCUGUCUGGUACCAUCCCUCCUCCGAUUUACAAUAUAUCUUCCAUAUACUAUUUCUCUGUUGCUCAAAACCGACUACAUGGAAGCCUUCCACCAGAUAUUGGUCUUACUCUUCCUAACCUUCAAAUAUUUUACUGCGGUCUUAACAAUUUCACGGGACCUAUUCCUGCGUCAUUGUCAAAUGCUUCUCAUCUUCAGGGUCUUUCCAUUAGCGGAAAUGGUCUAAUUGGGACAAUCCCUCAUAAUCUAGCAAUAUUGCAAGGCUUGGUUGCACUUGCUUUAGGUAGCAAUAGACUUGGAUAUGGGAAAGAUGGUGACCUGAAUUUUCUCAGUUUCUUGGCUAAUUGUACUAGUUUGAAGAUCUUGGUUCUCAGUUAUAAUUAUUUUGGAGGAGUUUUGCCCAACUCCAUAGCCAACCUUUCCACCCAGCUACAAUAUCUUUAUUUUGAUGUGAAUAUGAUCCGAGGUGACAUUCCUAUUGGAAUCGGGAACCUUGUUAACUUAGAAUCACUAGCACUAAGUGAUAACUAUUUGGGAGGUACUCUUCCUGAUGUUCUUGGGAAGCUUCAAAAGCUAAAGGAAUUAUAUUUGAAUGAUAAUAAAUUUUCUGGGCCAAUCCCUUCCUCUUUUGGUAACUUUACUGCAAUGAUAAUGCUCUCUAUGGCGAAGAACAGAUUUGAGGGAAAUAUACCCCUAAGCCUAGGAAACUGCCAAAAUUUGCUUUACCUAAACAUUUCUAGUAACAAUUUCACUGGCACCAUUCCAAAACAAGUUAUUGAUCUUUCGUCCCUUUCAAUUUCUUUAGACAUGUCUCACAAUUUCUUGAUAGGUGCACUGCCGUUUGAAGUAGGCAACUUAAUACAUCUUUCCUGGUUAGAUCUCUCAAAUAAUAGAUUAUCAGGCGAAAUUCCCACCACCCUUGAGACUUGUCUUAGUUUGGAACACUUGUAUUUGGAGGGUAAUUCAUUUCAAGGUGCAAUACCUCAAUCUUUGAAGACGUUAAGAGGUUUAGAACAAAUAGAUCUUUCACAGAAUAAUUUCUCUGGGAAUAUUCCUAAAUUUCUCGGUAAGCUUGUAUCACUCAAGCAUCUCAAUAUUUCAUAUAAUGAUUUGGAGGGCGAAGUGCCAAGUGAAGGGAUUUUUGCAAAUGCAAGCGAGAUUUCAAUCUUUGGAAAUAAUAAGCUUUGUGGUGGUGUCCAAGAAUUACAUUUACCUACAUGCACCAGGAAAAAUCAUCAUUCAUCUAAGAAGCUUCUUGCACUCAAAAUAGUAAUUCCUAUCACUAGCAUGGUCAUAUUUGUACUUAUUCUAUUGUAUUUUUUCCCUACAUGUUUUACUAUGAAAAAAUCAAGAGAGAGAGCAUUAACUACAUCUUCCAUUGAAGAUAGGAAAUUACUUGUCUCUUAUGCAGAACUCCUAAAAUCAACAAAUGGGUUUUCUGAGAACCAUUUGAUUGGUUCGGGUAGCUUUGGCUCAGUAUACAAAGGAGUUCUUUCCAAAAAUGGAGCAAUUGUUGCAGUUAAAGUAUUAAACCUUCAACAGAAAGGAGCUUCUAAGAGUUUCAUUAACGAAUGCAAUGCUUUGAGAAGUAUACGUCAUCGCAAUCUCCUCAAGGUUAUCUCUGCUUGCUCAAGCAUUGAUCAUGAAGGAAAUGACUUUAAAAGUCUUAUUUUUGAGUUCAUGUGCAAUGGUAGUCUGGACCAAUGGUUGCAUCCUAAAAAUGAUGUGCAACAUCAGAGCAAGAGAUUGAGAUUUAUUCAGAGACUAAACAUAGCUGUAGAUGUUGCUUAUGCAUUAGAAUAUCUUCAUCACCAUUGCGAAACACCAAUUGUUCAUUGUGAUCUAAAGCCAAGCAAUAUACUCCUUGAUGAAGAUAUGGUAGCCCAUGUUGGUGAUUUUGGAUUGGCAAAUUUCCUCUUUGAAGCAUCAAACAAUCCCUCCAAAUCUCAAACCUUGUCAGUUGGGCUUAAAGGUUCCAUUGGAUACAUUCCUCCAGAGUACGGGAUGGGUGGCCAAGUUUCAACAUUAGGAGACAUUUAUAGCUAUGGGAUACUCUUGCUGGAAAUGUUCAUUGGAAAAAGACCAAUUGAUGAAAUGUUCAAAGAUGGUCUGAGCAUUCACAAGUUCACUACAAUGACUUUGCCAGAACAUGUCAUGAAUAUAGUUGACCCAUCAAUGUUCUUUGUGGAGGAUGAAGAAGAUAUCUAUGAUGACAUAGAAGAAAUAACAAUAAUUGAAGAAGAUCCCCGUGUCAAUGUUAGUAGUAGAAUAAAAGAAUGCUUGAUAUCUGUAUUCCAAAUUGGAUUGUCAUGUUCUAAAGCAUCACCAGACGAGCGGAUGCCUACAAAUGUUGUAGUCAAUGAAAUGAAUGCAAUUAGAGACACAUUUCUUAAAUCUAAGAAGAAAAAUGAACCAGAAUGACUGAAUUGGAUGGAAGUAAUGAGUCAAAUGGACCUUCUCUGUUGUUGUACUAUUCCUGAGGCUAUUGUUAUUUGUCAAUGACAUUUUUCUUGAACCAUGUUCCUAUGUUCUUUUGAUUAUCGCAUGUAUGAUCCCUCCUUUGAUUUAUAAAAUAAUAUAUAUUCCAUACACUAUUCCUGUGCCA